CAUCGUUUGUCUCUUUCAAUACUUGCAUUAAUAACGUUACGGAACGGGACAUAUGAAAUGCGAAACUUCCUGGUCUAUCAACUUCCCUAUUUGGUAAUAUCUCUUUUUGCUUGAAAAAAAUAAAGAUGAAGAACUGUAUGUUCUGUUGCAACCUGUUUGCUAUAAUCUCAUUUUGUUUGUUGCUGUACAGUGUCAGUAGUAAAACUUUUUUAAGGUCUGUCAAUGUUUCGAAAAAGAUUAUAAUAGACACAGAUGCUGGGGCAGAUGAUGCAGUAGCUAUAUUUUUGACUCUUAAGUCCAAAGAGAAUGUUUUAGCAAUUACUUGUUCUUAUGGAAAUACAUAUAUGGAAAAUGUAGUUAUUAAUGUACUUAAGAUUUUAACUGUCGCCAACAGAAGUGAUAUACCUGUGUAUAAAGGAGCACAUAAAGCAUUAAUAAAUGGAUAUAAUGAAUAUAAUGAAAAUAAUUACUUUGGCUCUGAUGGUCUAGGAGACUUUAACUUUAUGGAAGAGAUCACUGCUAAAGUUGAUGAGAGUAAACAUGCAGCUAUAGCUCUCAUAGACUUAGUAAAACAAUAUCCACAUCAAAUAACUUUAUUAAGUAUUGGUCCAUCAACAAAUGUUGCUACAGCAAUUGCAUUAGAACCUCUAUUUUUAACGUAUUUAAAAGAUCACAUCGUAUUAGGUUCUAGUGUUAGCGGAGUUGGUAAUAUUUCACCUAAUAUUGAAUUCAAUUUCUAUCAAGAUCCAGAAGGUAAUUAUAUGAUACUGAAUAAGAACACUACAAGUGUUUUAUUUCCAUGGGAGACAGCAAUCAACAGUUACAUAUCCAUGGAUUGGCGUAUAAAUGUAUUGGGAAAGAUAAAUUCUUCUAUUGUGAAUUUCUUAAACAAAGCGGAGCGGAAAAGUUUAACAAAGUCCAAUUCAUGGGUUAUUUCAGAUGGAAUGGCUGCUGCAAUUAUGUUACAGCCACAACUUGUAACAAGAUCUAUAGUAAGAAAUGUGAGUCCUGUAAUCGAUGGACUCGCAAGGGGCUCGAUACUUGUAGAUUAUACUAAUUUAACUGACAGGCCAAAAAAUGCAAAAAUUAUACAAGCGAUUGAUACAGAUGGUUUCCAACAACUGUUAUUGGACAAAUUUUCUUAAACGCGCAUAUUUCGCAUGUAAAUACUUAAAGAAGAAUAAAUAUUAUAUUGAAGAUAUACUAUAUUAUACUAUACGAUAUUAUACUAUUAUAAUACUAUACUAUGCUAUAAAUAUUAAAAAUAUUAUAAUAUUAUACUAAAAGAAGUAUAAUAAAAAAUACUUACAUUGAAAAAA